GCCCGCACUCAAGCCCAAACAUACGCAGCCAUCACGGCGAAAACGUCAAACUUGCGAAUACCGUCGUGUUUCAAGUGUGAUUUUCGUGCGGAAUUUGCGUUCCGAAUCGCGUUUGGUGUGAAAAUUCGUCAUCUCCGGGUGUGAAACUAUCGUUUGUUUUGGUUUCUCACGCGGCCAUUAGUAUCCGUGUAGCGCGCUCGCGAGACCGACACUCUCACACACCGUAGCCGUCGACAUCCAUAGAGCUGUUCGUUCAUUGCACGUAGCCCAACAUCGUCGUCGUCGUCGGCUCAUUCUACGGAGAACCAUCACAGCAGGCUGUGUUUGUGCGUUGUUCGCGAGACUGACAGCUUACUGCCGUGCUAGCCAGCGAUUAAUUAGAUGAUUAGACCGUGAAAAGCCUUUUCCCGAAAUUGGAUAAAAUAGUCGAUAGAUUUCGGGAUGAACUCGUAGACUGCAGAUCCUCCCAGAUCGCCACAAUGUCCGCCCACGAAUGAACACCUAACACUGCCGUGCUGCAUGGCACCACCCGGAAGUAACCGUCGCCACCUCCGCAAAACCGUGUUCCGCCCGAUCACUGCCGCCAAGCGUGCCCUGUACCGGCGUCGCUUCCGGAAGUAUCUCGCCCGCUAUCACCAAUCGUCCACCACCAACCGGAAGCAGCUGGAACGGCUCUUCUGCCGUCUGAUGCAUCGCCAGUACCUGGCCCAGGAACUGAAGGCUCGCCCCCGGCAGCACUGUCUGCUGCUGGACAAACACGUCGGAACGCCGGCUAAAGCGAAUUCACUUGGAUGUGGUGGUGGCGGAACCAUUCCCAGCUACUUCCGGAAGCGCGUGCUCAGACAUCGGUUGGAGGAGAAGCGGAAGGAGCAGGAGGAGGAGGAGCAGCAGGAAGAGGUGGUGGUAGAUGACGGUUGCGAGUCGGAUACGUCGGACGAAGCGGUUUUGCUCGAUGAGGAGGAUCGGGACGUGGUCGUGGAGGAUAAGAAGCACCCGGAGAUUCCGGAUCCGACCAAGUUUUCGAUUCUGAAGGACGAGAUCAAGGAGUACUGUGCGCUGCAGGAGAAGGUGCAGAUCGUGCUGUCCAUGUUGAAAUCGAGGGCGCAGGAGUUGGAGAAGGAUGAUGAAGAGGGGGAAAAGGGGGAGGAGGAGGAGAAGAAACCGGAAGUGAAGGAAGAACCGGCAGAUGAGCUGAAGACGCUGACGGAGCAGUAUUACGAUGAUGACUCGGACGAUGAUAUCGUGGAAGUCAAGCAGGUUAAGGAGGAGAAGAAUGUGGGAGCUGGAGAGGACACGCCGGAUAUUGUGUUUGUGGAUCCGGAUGCGCUUGAUAACGACUCGCAAGCGGAUGUGAAACCGGUUGUGGCGAAUUGUAAGGAAGAGUCGCUGCCGGAGAAGAGUCUGAAGGAGAUCUCUAAGGAAGAUUUGCUGGAUCCUACGUUGAGUAAUGUAAAGCUAGAGCCGAUCGACAAGACGAACUCCGUUGUCGAUGCACUGUUCAGCCGUUUCAAGCUGACACUUCCGGUGACGCCUCCAAAGAAUAGCAAGCCUGCGGAAGAAAGUGAAGAGCAGGUCAAAAGCCGACUACGGGAUCGUCGAAAGAUCCCGGCUCCUCGUUACGUUGAAGAGGACGAAGAACCAAAGAAGAUCCGCCCGUCGAAAAUAUUCGACAAGAUCCACAAGAAUCUGAACAUCGAGCUGGAGAACCCCAAUUCGAGCUCUUCAACAGAGUUCUACGGCUUCGAUGAGGGUGAAGCGGUCAAGUUGGACAAGCCAAGCGUUCCGGGACUGCUUCCGACACCGAUCUUGAAGCGAUCCCGACCAAAUGCACCUUUUCUGGAGCAUGGAACCAGCUUCGAAGACAUCAAGAUCGAAAACAGGGAUGAUCUGUUCCGCGAAGAGGGUCUGAUAUCGUUAGGAUCGUUACCUCCACGGCUGGAGUGUCCCAAGAGACCGGACGACAUGAUACGACCGCGGACGGUCGCCCAGAAGCGGAUUCUACUGCAGAAAAAGAACGACGUGCGCUACCUGAUGAUCGACAACGAGUCCAAGAUCUUCUACGAGCUAGAGAAACGCAGCAAGAACAUCGACGCCGAGCUGGACUUUGAUCGGAUGGAGGAGCUUCAGGAUCAGAACAUUCCGUUUACGCGAGACACCUGGCGGGCGCUGGCCUGGAUGAGAACCGUCAAGGGAAGGUACUUUUUCCAAACGCUCAAGCUCGACAACCAUGCCAUCAAGCUGAACGGAUGUAAGGGCAAUCAUCCGACCAAGAGGAUGGGCAAGAAACAGCACUCCGCUCCGGCAAAUCUUGGUCGUAAACAUGUCUGCCGUUGUCCGGAGUUCCCACCGGGCGUGACCAUAGAUCUCAGUGCCAUCGAACCUCGCGCGCCAUCGGAGGAGAAAUCGGAACCGGAAGAACCAUCGCCACCGCCAGUCGAGAAAAAACUCUUCAGCAGCAAACCAAACCGACUAGUAACCUCGCGACCUGGUCCCCUUUCCUCCAAGUUCCGCUACGAUAACCAACUGCUCCACCAAACCGAGGACGGAGCCUACCUUGGACCGCUGGAAGUCCUGGAAAUGCCCGGCGUCGAAAUCGAAGUGUUCCCCAAGAUCGACCGACCGCUCGACCCUACCAUCAAACCCUACCUCAAGAUGAUCCUGCCCUUCAAGGGCAUCACGGAAAAGUGGGCACGCUUCGCCGUGUCCACCCUCAAAACCCCCGAUCUCGCCGAAGCCGACAUCCCCCAGGAGGACAAGUCCUUCUCGUUCUCCCUCCCGUACCAAAACAACCAAAGUCGAAUCCUCAUCCGGCGACGCGUCAUCGAAGCUGCCUCCACCAAACAACCCGUCGGAAGUCUGGAAAAGUUCCAACGCCAGCUCAACGAACCGCUCUCCUUCCGGAAGCAUCUGGACGAGCCGGAUGAUCCGGAUAAUGUCGAUCCUCUGGAGAAAGAAUGCGCGGACGUGCUGUCCGACAUGACGAACGCGGUGGCGAUUGGACUCGCGGACGAGGCGUUCCUCCAGCGCGAUCCGGACUGCGACUACACGCGGACGGACAAGCCGGUGAACAAGCCGGCGGCGAACGCGCAGGAUGUGGCCAAAGCGAGCGAGAGUACGGCCAAGUCGAAGCGGAUGCUCCGCGAGAUGCGCCGCCUCAACGCGACCAUCAUCGAGUCCCUGCCGGAGCCGGAACCGGCCGCCAGUUCCGGCGACCAAUCCGGCAGUCGAAAGCGUCGCUGCGACGAGCGGUACUGCGCCCGGGGCUGCAUCUGCGACGUGUUUGAGGUGCGUCGCAAGCCCAAAGGCGUAGCGCCGCACUGCAACAGUAUCGAGUGCGUGUUUGGGUGCUCGUGCGGGUUCGACCGGAAGCAGAGCUGCGGGGGCGGUGAAUCGGGAGGUUGUGCAGGAGCGGGUGCCGGUGCGUUGUCCAGUGAGGAUGUGAAGUAUCUGCGGGAGAAGGCGACGGCCAAGUUGGCGAAGGAGGAGCGCGAGUUUACGCCGACGGUGAUUCUGACGACGAACAGUACGGUGCUGGUGCGGAACACGGAAACGGAAGCGAGGAGGCACAAGAAGAAGCCGAAGAAGUACGAGGACUAUUACAACGAUAGUAGCGUGAAGAAUUUGUUGAAUGGGAAUGUGCCGGAGGAGGAGGAUCAGCGGGAGUCGUCGGUGGAGAGGGUGGGGAGGGGAGUUGGUGGGAAGGUUGUGGACAAACCGGUGAGUUUGUCGGAGAAGAUCCGGCACACGAGGGUAGUUUUGAAUAAGCUGCAGGAUCUGGACGGAAUCGAGCCGUGGUGUAUGAUCCACUGUCUGUACCGGUGUUACUGCCGGGGAAAGGCGACCUCCGGUAAGCCGUUCAAGUUUAAUGAGGAGAGUGAUAUUGUGCUGCCAACGCCGAUGCCGGCACCGGAACCGGAUCCGCUGCUGCAGGUGUAUGAACCCCGACGACGGCGGUUGUACUCGUUCGAAAAGACUGAAAAGGAGGGUGAUGAAGUGAUGGAAAGUCAACCGCUUCUUGUACAACCUCUGAGGAAGCGGGAUAGUUCGGAGGAGUCGUACAAGCCGUGGAACGAGCGUCGCAAGAAGCGACGACGAACGCUGGAGGACCAGCAGCCUUCACAACCUUCGACCUCUACCCGCGCUUCCAUCGAAGAUCUGCAGAUCGUCGACGGGCAGACUUGCCGGCGGGUGAUCCCGGUAAACCGAAACUUUUACAAGACGCGCAACUACUACCGAAGGGAGCGCGUGAUCCGCGAAGACCAGGAGCACAAGCGCAAGUACCCGAUGGUCGAGCGGAGGCUCAAGUCGCUGCUGGAGCGGUGCGAGAAGCGCUUCUUCGAGGAUCGUCGCCGGGAGUUGGAGCGGCAAGCGAAGCGUGCCCAGUCGGGGAAGAAGGCUGUUAACGAACAGUCGGUGACGGCUUCGUCAACUCCAGAGCCCAUCCACAUUGACAUCUCGGACGGUAGUGAGACGUUGAAGGCGAACCCGCUGUUGAGGCCGCUUCUGGACGCCAAGAAGGUGUUGAUCUACUGCGGAGCGAAGAAGUACUACGUCGAGAAGGACGCAAUCACCAGUGGGCGGAUCAACCUGUCCAGUAUUGCGAAAAAGUUCCGGACGACGGUGUACGUGAUCCGGAAGGUUCCGGAAAACCCGCAGGCGAAGUUCAUCUCGUUCAAGCUGAACGACGCGAGCAUUACGGUUCGUGGGAGAAAGUACCGGAAGACGGCGCCACAGGUUCCGAAGGAACCGAAAGUUACAGCGCCUCCGGCGCAAGAUCCCGCCGAGAAGAAGGUCAUGCUGGACCAGGUCAACUCGGACAUUGCCCACACGAUGCGACACAUCCGGGAAAUGUUAAGGAAGAACAGUGCCGUGCUGAACCAACCCAAAAAGGGCAUCCUGUACCUGUUCCGGUGGGAGAAGUUCCUGCAGGCGUACAACGAGGACACGCUGGACGUGUGGGACAUCGUCUUUCAAAACGGCACUAGUCUGGUGAUCAUCACAACUGAAGACACCCGUAAGAACGUCCCCUCCUUCAAGAACACCAAGCUGGUCCGAAGCGUCCGGAAGUGCAACUUUGAAACCAAAGGCGUCUCCCUCAUAACCCAGAUGUUGAUCGCUCAAGUGGACAACCCGGAAACAAGCAAACUCGCUCUAGUCCUCUUCGGCACCGAGAACUACUGGCGCUUCUGCGGGUUCAUCAAAGCCGAAAAGAACUUCCUGAACCAAGGAUGCGAAGCCCGACCGACUCCGCUCUCCCACCCCAAACUCGCUCCCAAAAUCAACCAGUACUAUGAGGCGUUCGCCGCGACCAACCAAAAGCGCCAACCUCCGCCGGAACCCCCCAAACCCAAGCAGGAAGAUCCACCACCCCAACCGGAAGACCCACAACCCACACCGACCCCCACCUCCGAACCCCCCAAGUUCAAGUCGAACGUCAAACUCAUGGAAACCAAAAUCAAAGACUUCAAAAACAUCGCCAUCCCGAACGUGCCGGGCUCGCGCCGCUGGUUCAUGCUGACCAUCGUGAACGACUUCAGUGACAUCUACAUCCCCAGCUGGAAGUCCUGCCUCACGUACGGCCGCAUCAUGCAGGCGAUCCAGCUGGCGAAUCGGUACCGCAAAACCGUCAAGCUGACCUCGAUCGUGCUGAAGAACGAGGACGUGCUGCCGCAGAUCUACGCAGCGCCCGGCCAGGGGGAUUGUAUCUUCCUGGGGCCGUACAGCUACACGCAGACCAUCGAUUUGAUGCUGUGUCAGAACGUCGAUGGGAAGAUGUACACGCGGGAGGAGUACGAGCGGAAUAAUCACAUUGUGAGGACGGAGCAGACGACGGGAUCGUGGUUGUACAUGAAGCCGGGGACGGAGGGGAAGGCGGCAACGGUGGCGGAGGGGACGUCGGACGGAGCAGAGACGGCGCAGCAAACGUUUUUGAAGCUCACUCCCGGCACGCAAGUGGCCACCGUUACCACAACCGCAGCCGCUGCGGACGAUUGCGUCGUGAUCGACGACGACGACGAAGAUGACGAAGAAGCAGCGAAAAAGCUUGUCGUUGAAGAGCAACCGUCCGGCUCGCCGCAAGAUAACUCAAAUCUCGAUUCGCUGAUCCACCAGCUGUACGACGACUCCGACGAAGAUGCCACCACCACCAAAGAGGUGACACCCCCUGCGGAACAACCUCCGAAACAGCUGCCAAAGAACGAACUGUCCAAGCUGGUGGAGAAGACGAUCGCCGAGAGCAAGCAGCUCAAGAUCCAACCCGUUCCGUUGGAGAAGCUGGUCGGUACGAAGCGGAAGUCAACCGGGUCGGAAGCGGUUCCGGAAGUGAAGGCUAAACGGCUGUCGUUGCCUGCGGCAACCGUGACAAAGGCAGCAGCCCCAGCGGACGAAGUGGUUUGUUUGGACGACGACGAGGACGGAACUUCGACGACUUCUGUUAAGGCGAAGACACCGUCCAGCACGACCAUCUUGAACAGCCAACAGGCCGCGCUGAUUGCCAGCAAGAUCAACCUGAUGAACCCAACGCAGAAGGGUGUCAUGUACAACCCUUCGACGGGGGUGCUCCGAAUCAAGCGAUCGUUGAUGAACAGCCUGACGGAGGGGUCUUCUGUGGCGCUUCCGGCGGUUGCGUCCAGUUCGAAGUCACCGCCGAAACCGGUCGCGGGGACUGCGCCAAGUUCUAGCAGUGAAACGCCCAAGCAGUCGAUCGUGGCACCAAAAGUUCCGACUGCCGGCGUCCUGCGCAGUAACAUUCCCGGCAUGGGCCUGGUUCCGGUGGUUUGGUCCUCGCACGACAUCAUCCUGAAGGUGCGCGAACUGUCCGUGAAGCUGCAGUACGUGCGGUUGUCCAACUUUGAGGCCGGCAUCAUGCUGCUGAAUCGAUUCAUCCGGAAGAACACGUACACCUUCAAGCCGUUCACGCUGACUAUCGGGUGGAAGUUUGAGGCGCGCACGACUCCGUUGGCACCGGAGGAGAAUCUCAUCAACACUAUUAGCUUGCGAUGCGUCGUUACCCCGGACGGCGUCAUCGACCUGUACAAGGCGUCCGCCAUCGUCGCCUUCCAGAACACCAAGCCCAACUUUUACGAGGAACUCCUUCUCCUGCGCCUCUCGAUCCUGUGCUGCAAAAAGGAACAAUACGAGUCGGAAAAGUGCCACAAAUUCUUCGAAAACAUCUUCCUCAAGGCGGCCAACACGAUCAAGGAGCUGACCGCCGCUUCGGAAGCCCUGACGACCCAAAGUACGUUCCUGCGCGAGCAACAAGAACAACACCGUGCCAAGCUGGCCAAGUUGGGCGGUAAAUCGACGACGACGGCACGUCCAACGCUCACGAUGGUCUCCAAACGGGUGGCCGUUCCGCAGUCGAUUCUCGAGCAGGUCGCAAAACCGGCGACGGCGACGACCUCCGCGGCAGACCAGGACCAACCGGGGAAACCCAAAGAAGCUGUGAUUAUCAUAGACGACGAUUAGGUUCGGACGUCGUAGAAAGAAGUAAAAAAAAAGUAAGGAAACAAAAUGCCAUUUUCGUUGCGCGCUUUGUGUACAUGUUGAGUUUAUUUUAAUCCGUUGCAUCCGCGAAUCGUGGGUGGAUAGAAUUUUAUUUGGAUUAGGCGAUAAAUAAUAAACGAUAUCAGUUACUCUCCCAAUAACCAUAUAAUUCGGCACUAGUCCAGCCCGUAAUUUAAUUUGUUCAAGUUUGUAAGAUCAACCGCAAACCUUGAGUUCUGCAAAAUUUUCUUUAUCACCGAAGCAAAAAAAAAAUCUAUAGUUAUGUAUAAAUUUAGCAAGCAAAACAAUUAGAUAAAAGAAUCACAAAUUACACUUGUAAAUAGCCUUAAACAAACAACUUUUGGUUCAAAAUGCUUAAUCUUAACUAAGUAUAGCGAAAGAAUAAGUCUCGAAUGUCGACGAAGCACAGAUUAGAGCAAGCCUACAUUGAAAACAAAAACAUUGUGUAUGUACUAUAAGAAAGAAGGAAAAACAAAACAUCACUUGGGAAUGCAAACAUUUCAAAUCUAAG